GGCCAAUGUUAUCAAAGUAAUUAACUCAUUGUACCUCGCUCUUUCCCGGUGCACCUUUCGGGAUGUUAUCAGCCUGACAGACAACAUGUUUGAGUACUAAUGUUAUUUUUGCGAUAUACAUUAUAGCUAAACUUAUUCGUGAUGAAAAUGAUAGUUCUUCAUAGAAUAGCCGUCACUGGUGACUGCCUGACUGGCUGCCUGGCAACCUAACACGUGACCUGCGCUGCGACCGCCGUCUGCCCGCGUGUUGUUUGGUGAGCUGCACUGUGUGCCGGCCUCUCCUUCUGGAUAUUGAUACUUUUUGUGCCAGCUUUCGCCCUCUAACACCAUGGCCGCCUCCUCCCACGAUAAGUACUGUACCCCCCUGGCCUCUAGAUAUGCCUCCAAAGAGAUGACAUACAACUUCAGCGAUGCCAAGAAGUUCAGCACCUGGAGGAAGCUUUGGACGCUGCUGGCUAAGGCUGAGCAGGAGUUGGGGCUGCCCAUUACAGACGAACAAAUCAAGGAGAUGGAGGUCAACCAGGACACGGUGGACUAUGAGCGUGCUGCCAGAGAGGAGAAGGAAACCCGGCAUGAUGUGAUGGCCCAUGUACGCACAUUUGCUGCUGUUUGCCCCACUGCAGCACCAAUCAUUCACUUAGGAGCCACCUCCUGCUAUGUGGGAGACAACACGGAUUUGAUUCUUCUGCGUGAUGGCUUUGAUCUACUGCUGCCCAAGGUGGCUCGUUGCAUCCACCGACUGGCAACUUUUGCCAAUGAGUACAAAAAUUUGCCUACACUUGGCUUCACACACUUGCAGCCUGCUCAGCUGACUACUGUGGGAAAGAGAGCCAGUCUGUGGUUGCAAGACCUGGUGAUGGAUGAAAGGGCCCUUGCAAGGACCCGGGAUGAUCUGAGGUUCCGUGGGGUCAAAGGAACUACUGGCACACAGGCUUCCUUCCUGCAGUUAUUUGAAGGAAAUGAAGAAAAGGUGAAGAGGCUGGAUGAAUUGGUGACUCAGUUGGCUGGCUUCAAACAGUCUUACAGUGUGUGUGGACAAACCUACACCCGCAAGGUGGAUGUGGAGUGCCUUAAUGUUCUUGCUUCACUUGGUGCCUCAGUUCAUAAGAUAUGCACUGACAUCAGGCUUUUGGCCAACAUGAAGGAGAUUGAAGAACCUUUUGAGUCAAGUCAGAUUGGUUCCAGUGCCAUGCCAUACAAACGCAAUCCUAUGAGGAGUGAGAGAUGUUGUGCCUUAGCUCGCUUUCUCAUUUCCCUCCCUGCCAAUGCCCUCAACACUACUGCUACUCAGUGGAUGGAGCGCACUCUUGAUGACAGUGCCAACAGACGUAUCAGCUUGGCAGAGUCUUUCUUGACUGCAGACAGUCUACUAAACACACUACAGAACAUAUGUGAAGGACUGGUGGUUUAUCCAAAGGUGAUCCAGCGUCACAUCUCUCAAGAACUGCCUUUCAUGGCUUCAGAAAACAUCAUCAUGGCCAUGGUUAAAGUUGGUGGCAACAGACAGGAAUGCCAUGAAGAAGUGCGGGUGUUGAGUCAGGAAGCUGCAAACAAAGUGAAGCAGGAAGGCAAAGAAAAUGACCUGGUGGAAAGGAUUCGAGCAUGUCCAUAUUUUAAUCCAAUACAUGAUCAGCUUGACUCUUUGUUGGAUCCAGCCACCUUCAUUGGUCGUGCCCCACAGCAGGUUGUGGAGUUCCUGAAAGAUGAAGUAGAUCCAGUGCUUAGCAAGUAUGAGGGACAAUUAGAAGGGAAGAUCAUCCUAACAGUUUAAUAAUUGUAUUUUGCCUGCUAAUACUAUAUAUAUUAAAUAAUUAUACUUUUCAUACUGAAGCAAAUAAAAUAUAUUGAGGGAA